ACUCCUCUAGUGGUAGUGGCUAUAUAUAUCCUUGAGAGUUAUUCAUAGAAGAAUCAGAAAUCAAAAUGUCUUGUGCUACUGCGACUAAGUACGAUGUUUUUCUGACUUUCAGAGGACUUGACACUCGCCGCAACUUCAUCAGCUUUCUCUACCAAGAACUGGUUCGAAGGAAGAUUCGAACCUUCAAAGACGACAAAGAGCUGAAGAAUGGCCAGAGGAUUUCGCCGGAGCUCAAACGCGCCAUCGAAGAGUCGAGAUUCGCCGUCGUUGUUGUCUCCCAGAACUACGCUGCGUCUCGUUGGUGUCUCAAAGAGCUCGUGAAGAUCAUGGAUUUCGAAAACAAGGAUUCGAUCACCGUGAUACCCAUCUUCUACGGCGUGGAACCGGCCGGUCAUGUGAGAUGGCAGACCGGAGUUGUCGCUGAACAUUUUAAGAAGCAUGAGAGUAGAGAAAAGCAUGAGAAAGUGCUUCAAUGGAAGCAAGCGUUGGCCGCUUUUGCGCAACUAUCCGGCGAUUGUUCAGGGGAUGAUGACUCGAAGCUGGUCGCUCACGAGAUAUCAAAAAAGAUGAAGAUUUUUGCAACAAUAAGCAAUGGGAGGAACCUAGUUGGGAUUGAUACACACAUGAAGGAACUUAACAAAAAAUUGGAUUUGAAUUCCAACAAAGGUGUGAGAAUGGUUGGGAUUUGGGCAAGAGGAGGCGAAGGUAGAUCGGCUCUAGCUAAAUAUGUUUAUCAGGACAUGUGUCAACAGUUUGAGAGCCAUUGUUUUCUGGGAAACGUGAAAACGGUUUCUCAGGGUCGACACUCAGCGCAUCUACACCACGAGUUUCUGCAAAAUAUUCAAAGAGAAAACCCUAGCAAACAAACUCUCAAGAACCAAAAGGUUCUGCUUGUGGCAGACGACGUCGAUAAGCUUGAACAGUUAGAAGCUCUUGCAGGGGAUUUCAGCAGUUUUGGUCCGGGGAGUGUUGUUAUCAUCACCACACAAGACAAGCAGUUGUUGACUUCUUAUGGUAUAAAGGAUGUCUACGAAGUAGAGUAUUUGACAUUCCAGAAAGUUUGUCAACUCUUCCGACGACAAUUCGCCUUUAAAAAGAGAGACUUUUUUGCUGCGUUCCAGUGGGCUUUGUGUAGAGCAACGAAUUUUGCCACGGAAUGUUUUUUUAGUACAUCUGGUUAUGGGAAAGUGACAGAUCAAAUUUAAUAAGUUAAAUCCUUCUUAGUCAUAUGCAUUAAGUUAAUAAGCUGUGUGGCUUAGAGAUAAGAUUGUUUUGUUUCUUUUUGGAGUGGGUUGCUUGGGGUGUAGGAGAAUAUCAUUCUUCAUUGGAUUCAAUAAUAUACAAUUUUUUUAUAAAAAAA